AUGGAUUCGAAAUGGGCCACCUGCAGUGGCCUUGGGUGCCUCAGGAUCCACCGCGAGUGCCGCGACUCCGUGGGCCUCGCGGAGGACCCUGUCUUCAAGGAAAUGAGCUGCGGAGGUUGUGAUGGUGAAUGGAGCAGCUAUUCGGCCCGUCAGCUCUAUUGCGCGGAAGACUUGAGCAACCCCAAGUGUCGGUGGGACGAGACCACGCAGACCACACAGUCCCAAGCCUGUGCACCAAGCUGCAUGUGGGAAGUUUGCCAGAAGGCCUUCAACGAGUGCCAAAUCAAUGGAGGGACGCUGGCUGCAUGCAACGACCAGAUCAUCAGCAUGAAUCAGUGCCGGGAAUGCUACUUCGUGAGCUGUGAGGCCAAGUGCAGCGAGGGUGCCUGUGAUGCCGCGUUCUCCUCGCGUGACCAAGCCUACAGGGAGUGUGCUGCCUGCGACGACACUGUGGCAUGCAAUCCCAAUAGCCCUUGCUAUGGAGACAACGGGGACUCCUCCUGCAACUGGCUUUGGAAGCCUGAGUUUGGCACCAGCUGCCCGAUCCUUUGUGAAGAGUCCAUCCGAAUCUGCCAGGAGAGUGUGCAGGGCCAUUGUCAUAAGUGGCUGGAAGACCAAGAGAAGUCCAUGUGGGACAUUUGCCACGAGGAGUAUGACCAGUACCGUCCCCAGAUGGACGAAUGCAUCGCCACCGGCACCGAUGCCGCGUAUCAGCAGAACCCCAACGGCAUUUGGUCCGAAAUCGAGAUUGGUGUGGUGAUCGAAUGCCGCGACAAAAUUAUUCCCUCCACUUGGGAGUGCUUGUCCUGUGAUGGAGAAUGGAACCGCCAUACUGCAUGGGGAGUGACAUACGGACCCCAAUGCAUCGCCGGCAGCAUCUCGUUCGACGGCCGCACGGUGCCAGACAUGUGCAGCUCCUGUAUGGCGAGGACCUGCCCCGAGUAUCCAGUGAACUGCUGGGCACGUGUGGAUAACGCGAGGAAGUGUGAGUGGAAUGAGUACAGCUUCAAGAUGUGCAGCCUCUCAAUGGCCGAAGCCAAGGCACAGGUCGUUGCAGCGAACGCGCAGUGCACUGAAUGCGAAGUCGCGCACUGUGAGUACCAAUGUCAAGAGACCACCUGUGCCGAUUUGCUCACCAACUCCUACGACUGGAAUAGGAACCCCACGACGAACUGCGCGGCAUGCCCCAGUACUGCCAAGUGCCAUCCAGGGGCAGAUUGCUACAUCUCAGACACCAUCCCCUGGACCGAUGCAGAUCGGGCCGACUGGGACAACUUGAUGGUUCCGAAGUUUCAACAGUUGAUGGACCAGUGGAAGACCUGUACUGGCUGGGAGCUCAAUCGCCGGCUCAAGGUGAAGACUGGGGAAAAGCAUCCUGUACCGAAGACGAGCAUCCCAGCAGUUGCAGCACCAAAGCAGCCCAGGACCCCUGAGCCUAGCCAGUUGGAGACCUUGGAACUGAAGGUGGUGAAUCUUUGGCGCCAGGGGAACCGUCUACGCAACGAAGCCCGCAACAAGCGCCAGCAGCUGCAGAAACUCUCCACCUCCUCCAAGGGUGUGAGAUUCGACGCGGUGCUCCAACGCAGGAACCUGCUCGAGGAUGAGCACUCGAAGCUGCAGAAGAGGUAUGUCCUUUUGGCGCAGCAGCACCAGGAGACUUUGGGUCGCUGGCUCAAGCUGGGUGGAGUCGCCUCAGUGCCACCGCACCACGGGCUGCCGGCCUUUACUCAGGAUGGCCCGGUGGCAACGCAUGGCCGACGGCUGAAUGAGGGGCCAACCACCGUGGAGUUGGGCUGUUCAACCCAGGAUUGCACGACCCAAUCCAACCUUUGUGAUGCCUUCUUCAACCGUGGUGGCACCGCCGAGGAGUUCAUCGAUUCCCUCGUGGAGAGCCACAGCUACGACGUCCUCCCGUGGGACAGCGCAGAUCAGAUUUGCCAGCACAUGGGCGAGAUGUGUUUCAUGUCUCUCGGAGAUGCUGAGACGGCAGUGAGGGACGCCACCUACUCCUCCAACGACAAGAUCCCAUGGAUUGACAGUUGGUGUAGCCAGAUGACGCAAGCGGAGUUGGACAGUUGCGUUUGCGACACUUGCAGUGACUUGAGCACGGACUUGAACUACGAUACCUGCCAAAGCUGCUGUCAGUGUGACACGACCUCAGCGGGGUACUAUGCCUAUAUAAGACAUCAGUGGAACCUUGCGCAGGGCAAAUGCGACCUCCUGGGACGAGCGAUUCGCAGAUCGGGGCUCUACGAGUACAGCGUUUGGACGGAUUUCGAUGAGAAGCUCCUGGGCGGCGCAGGCGCCUGUGUCUACCGCAUCGACAUUUGGCAGGUGGCCAAGAUCCCGGAUAUUUGCCAUGAUCCAUCGUGCUAUGUCAGCCCGGAGUGCGCUGAGCAGUGCAAGCGUCCAGAGGCAACACAGGCCAUGUGCCCCAGCCCCUUCACGUGGCAGUUCUUCAAGUCCACCCGUGAGUGGCGCGAAGGCACCUUAUCCACCAGGUCCACCUGCGAGGCCGAGUCCUGCUACCCACAGCCUUGGAUCCGGACCCAGGCGGAGUGUGCGACGGUGAGCCAUUGUCACACGGACUGCCCCUACUGUGAGACAGAAAACUACUGGGACUGGGAGAGCAAGAAGGGCAAGGUGCCUGGGACAGGGUCGGACAGGCUUCGGCAGAUGGCCAAGGGCUGGGUGUUGCUUAGCACGUUGCCGGGUGCCAGUCUGGCUGUUGAACGGGACACCCCUUUGACCAUGGUUUCGGGGGGAGGGGGUGGGAAGAUGUGGGAAGGCUUGAUCGACGAAAAUUGCAGCCUGAAUCAGGCUGAGCAUUGUCCUGAGGAUCGAUAUGAGUAG